UUUCUCUUCAUACCCUGUUGAGUGUUCUGUUCUGUUCUGUUAAUUCUCUGUUUAGAGCUUCUGUUGCGUCAGCGCUCUCCGUGGCCGCUCGGGAUUCGGGCCCACCAGCUAGCUACUAUUAUUACAACUGCUCCCCGUACUCCGCUCCGUCUUCUACUCCCCUGAGCCUCCACGACACUGACGAAUCGCAUCACCAAAAUGAGUCGCACGGAGGCGGAUUUGGCGAUUAACAUCCGCAAAGCUACCAGUAUUGAGGAAACCGCUCCUAAACGGAAACAUGUCCGCAGUUGCAUCGUUUACACAUGGGACCACAAGUCGUCGGCGGCCUUUUGGGCUGGUAUGAAAGUACAACCUGUCCUCGCCGACGAAGUCCAGACGUUCAAGGCCCUCAUCACGAUACACAAGGUUCUGCAGGAAGGACACCCGAUUGUGGUCCGCGAAGCACAACAACAUGUGAACUGGGUGGACAGCUUGAUGCGCGGUGUUGCCGGCGAGGGAAUCCGCGGAUACGGACCCAUCAUCCGGGAAUAUGUGUUCUUCCUCGAGUCGAAACUGAACUUCCACCGGGACCACCCUGAGUUCAACGGUCUGUUCGAGUACGAGGAGUAUAUCAGUUUGAAGUCGAUCAACGAUCCGAACGAGGGUUAUGAGACGAUUAACGAUCUCAUGAACCUGCAGGAUCAGAUCGAUGCGUUCCAGAAGCUGGUUUUCUCGCAUUUCCUGUCCGGGACGAACAAUGAGUGUCGGAUUUCGGCGCUGGUGCCGCUUGUGCAAGAGAGUUAUGGUAUUUACAAGUUUAUUACUAGUAUGUUGAGGGCUAUGCAUACUACUACUGGGGAUGAUGAGGCGCUGGAGCCGCUUCGGGGUCGAUACAACUCGCAGCACUAUCGCCUUGUUCGGUUUUACUACGAGUGCUCGAACCUGCGCUACCUUACCAGUCUUAUUACCAUCCCGAAGUUGCCUCAAGACCCACCGAACCUCCUGGCCGAGGACGAUGACCGGCCAGCUCUACCCAGGAGACCGGCAAGGGAGGUGGAACGGGAGCCAACGCCGCCACCGAAGCCGCGCGCCGUCGAGCCCGAGCCCAUCAACGACUUCUGGAGCACCGAAGCCAAGCGUCAACAGGAGGAGUACGAGGCAGAGCAGGCGCGUCUUCAGCAGCAGUGGGAGGACCAACAACGACAGCAGCUCCUCAUGCAGCAACAAGCACAGCGCGAUUUUGAGGAACAACAGCGUCUACAGGCGGAGCAAGCGCGUCUGGCCCAGGAGCAGCUCAUGCAGCAGCAGUACCAGUCGCAUACACAGGGUCGCCUGGCCGAGCUUGAACGCGAGAACCUCAACGCCCGCGCACAGUUUGAGCGGGACCAGCUCAUGUUGCAGGAGUACGACCGUCGCGUGAAGGAUCUGGAAGAGCAGAUGAACCAGCUCAUAACGAACACGAACAUGCAGAACACCUCGCGCGACGAGCAGAUCAGGUCCUUGCAGGAGCAGGUCAACACAUGGCGAGCCAAGUAUGAAGCUUUGGCUAAGCUGUACUCUCAGCUCCGUCACGAGCACUUGGAUCUCCUGCAGACAACCAAGAGUCUCAAGAUCAAGGCCGCCUCGGCGCAGGAGGCGAUCGACCGCCGGGAGAAGUUGGAACGCGAGCUCAAGACGAAGAACCUGGAGUUGGCUGAUAUGAUUCGUGAGCGUGACCGUGCCUUGCACGACCGGGACCGUCUUACUGGGACGAACAAGGAGGAGUUGGAGAAGGUCAAGCGGGAGCUGCGGUUCGCUAUUGACCGGGCAGAGAAUGCUGAGCGGUCGAAGGGCACUGAGAUCUCGUCUCUGUUGUCCAAGUACAACCGUGAGAUGGCUGAUCUGGAGGAAGCCUUGCGGAACAAGUCUCGUGCUAUUGAUGAGGACUCGUCCAAGAUUGGUGAUCGUCAGCGCGAACAUGACCUUGCUCUUCAAGAGAAGGAUGAGGAGAUUGAGGUGUACAAAUCUGGAAUGGAGCAGGCUCUCAUAGAGUUGGAGGAGGCGAAGAUGAGCCAAGGUGAUACCGACACAGCGUUGGAUACGCAGAUCGACCACGUUCUGCAUGGGGCCGUCUCGAAGAUCAACGACAUCAUCGACUCUGUUCUUCAAAUGGGUGUGCAGCGUGUGGACGAUGCUCUGUACGAGUUGGACUCCUCUAUGCAGGCCGGUAACCAGAACGCGUCUCCUCCGUACGUGCUGUCGCAAAUCGAAAAGGCCUCUGCCUCUGCAACCGAGUUCUCGACGGCGUUCAACAACUUCAUCGCGGACGGUCCGAACAGCCCACACGCUGAGAUAAUUCGCACCGUCUCCGAUUUCUCGGGCUCGGUUGCCGACGUGUUGAGCAACACCAAGGGUCUGACGCGCCUGGCCAAUGACGACAAGAGCGCCGACCAGCUCACCAACGGCGCCCGCAAGUCCGCCCAAGCGACCGUGCGGUUCUUCCGCGGUCUCCAGUCCUUCCGUCUGGAGGGCCUGGACGCCCUGAAGAAGACGGACGUGGUGAUCAACAACAACCUCGAAGUCCAGCGUGACCUGCAGUCCCUAUCCAAGCUGGUCGACGCCUUCGCCCCCAAGAGCAGCAAGAUCAGCACCAGCGGCGACCUGGGCGACCUGGUCGACCAGGAACUCAACAAGGCCGCGGACGCGAUCGAAGCCGCCGCAGAGCGUCUCGCCAAGAUGAAGAAGAAGCCCCGCGAGGGCUUCUCAACCUACGAGCUACGCAUCAACGACUCGAUCCUAGAAGCCGCAAUCGCAGUCACAACCGCCAUCGCCGAGCUCAUCAAAGCCGCCACAGCAACACAGCAAGAAAUCGUCCGUGAAGGCCGCGGAAGCUCCUCCAAGACAGCCUUCUACAAGAAAAACAACCGCUGGACGGAAGGUCUCAUCUCCGCCGCCAAAGCCGUCGCAUCCUCAACAAACACCCUCAUCGAGACGGCCGACGGCGUCAUCUCAGGCCGCAACUCCCCCGAACAACUCAUUGUGGCUAGUAACGAUGUCGCCGCUAGUACAGCGCAGCUGGUCGCAGCCAGUCGUGUCAAGGCUAGCUUCAUGAGCAAGACGCAGGAUCGGCUGGAGGGCGCUAGUAAGGCUGUUGGUGUCGCAUGUCGCAAGCUGGUGAGACAGGUGCAGGAUAUCAUCUCAGAGCGGAACAGGGAUGAGACGGAGACGGUGGAUUAUUCGAAGCUUAGCUCGCAUGAGUUCAAGGUGCGGGAGAUGGAGCAGCAGGUUGAAAUCCUACAGCUGGAGAAUGGUCUGUCUCGGGCUAGACAACGUCUGGGUGAGAUGCGGAAGAUUUCGUACCAGGAGGAUUAGUUCAGGUGUAUACAGAUGUGGUGGACCUUUGCUUUUUCGUUUGCUCGUUUUGACUCGUUUGCAGGAUUUCUCCUAUCUUUCGUUUCUUUUCCGUUCCUCUUUCCCCGAUUACUUCCGUUUGUUUGGCUUGGAUAUACCAGUAGAUACAAUAUCGAUACAUAUUAUUAAAUUCGUUAUGCUGUCUGUAUGUUGGUUGGGUGAACCGUGGAGCUGUUGGGCUGUCAUGUAAUCUUCCGCUGAUCGACGACGGCGAUCCCUGUUUGCUUUUCCUUCAAACAUUUGACUUUCUUUGUCUAAUUCUCUUGAACUUCCAUUUCCGUCGAAUAAUGUGAUCCUCGGUUGUAUUGGUCAU